AUGUCCGACGUAGCGAGCGCCUACAUGGCCGCUCCUCCCAUUGCGAGGACUGUGGCAACCGUUGUCUUCGUCUCCUCUCUCUGUGUCUACACGGGCAUGCUGUCGAUGUAUGGCUUCGUCUUCCACUACUCGUUCCUCCUCAAGUUCCCUCCGGCGAUCCAACGACUUGUGACGAGCUUCCUUAUCACGUCGAAAGACUUUGGUGUCAUCUUCGACACCUACUUCGUCUACACAUAUCUGAGCCAGCUUGAGAGGGGCAACCCGAAGUUCAUGAAGAAGGAAGAUCUGAUCUGGUACUUGAUGUUUGUUGGCGCCACCAUCAUUGGUAUCAACCAGGUAUUAACCGGAGCAUACAUGUAUUUGCACGCUAUGCUCAUCGCGAUCUGUUACACGGCGACCCAGGAUCAGCGUGGGCAACAAGCACACUUCUACGUGGUCAAUGUUCCCGCCCAGCUCAUGCCGUGGUGCAUGCUGCUAACAAAUCUGCUCUUCGGUGGUUGGGCAUCGUUCCUGCUGGGCUUGACUGGGAUUGCCGCCGCUCACCUGCAUGACUUCUUGACACGAAUCUACCCCGAGUUCGGAAACGGACCAAAUCUUCUCCCCACGCCAUGGUUCAUCUCGUGGAUCAUGCGUACGCCUAGAGCACGAAAUACUGUCUAUGGAUCGUCCCAUGCACCUCCGAGUGGUACAAGCGGUCGUGGUGGUCCAUUGCCAGAUUCGUGGAGGAGUACGGGGCCUGGCCGACGUCUGGGUUAG